AAUAUUUCCACGAGGAGUGUGCCAUACUGUUAAAUCAAAGAAAUAAUAGCCCCGCAUUCGACCACUUGGGAACCAAUUUGUAGCUAUUUUGGCGACGCGUCCGGCAGCACACAAACCGAAGCCAUCGAAACCAAAUACAGCGCGGAAUAAAAGUUUGAUUGACGCGCCAUGGACGUCCUUGGCCUAAGUCUUGAUGAUAUCAUCAGGCAGAAGAAAGGGGGCCGUUCCGUUAAGAGAGUGGACAACAGGCGUAUCAAGUCUACCAACGUCAAGUCUGUCCAGGCAAGAAACACCGGAACAACGGCAACCGUGAGGAAAAAAGCUGCCAAUACGAGGCGUGGUUUUGGCCGCAGCGGUGAGACUGCGGAAAACAUGGCUCACACUGAGCGCAGGCCCACACCGGUGGUAGACGCGCGACUGAAGAUCAUUCAGAAGAACCGUGCCAAAAUCCGGGAUGCUCGUGACAAGCUGGUGGAGAUAACGCGCACUGCAGGGGACGCGCGACUGCGCUUACUGAGAAAGGGCAAAGAUCGCGUUCCAGCAGCUCCCCCGGCGAGCAGCAACGGUACGGGUAAGAAAGGGCACUCGGCGGCUGGUCACCUGGUCGCACGCAAUUUUCACGUACUGAAGCCGCCGAAGGAAGCGUUGGUUAACUAUCGAAUCAUGAGUCGCAGUACAGGUUUGGAAGAGAUGGAGGUGGACGAAGAUGGCGAUCACGGUCGUCAGAUGGCUGUUUCGUCACUUAAGCGCACAGUUCGCAAUGACAUUUUCUCACUCCCGAGUACCAUGCCGCCCCUGCCGACUUUCCGCAGCGUUCGCACUUCGCCUCCACCAACGGUCUCCGCACCCAGUUCCAGUUGGGCUAGUGAUCCAUUCGAUUGCUACGAGCUGCCGUCCCGUCGUCCAAAUUUAACGAUAACGCACAUCUCGCAACCGAUGCACACGCAGUAUAAAGCACCCGAUGUGAACCACCCGCGGGGCAUCCUUCGGACGCGCUGUUCAUCGCCAACCAUCACAAACAUCGCUGUUGACCAUCAACACCCACCGCAUUUGUCAUUGACGAUGCGUGCACGACUCGAGCGCGCACCCAACCCGGGCGAAUCGAUGGGUAUCUUCUCCAAGAUGCCGGACGAACUGCAUCAUAACCUUCACCAGCAAAGGCAACCAACGGUUGGCGGGUCGCCUUCGGUUUCGUAUCGGUUUCAUUCGCCGCCAUCGCCACCCAUCCAUGGCUACCGCAUCGUAGUUAGCAACUUGCACAGCAGCGUAACCCAGCUGGACAUUAAGGAACUAUUCGAGGAUAUCGGCGACUUGCUUGAGUCACGAUUGGUGCGUCCCGGUGUGGCCGAAGUCAUAUACCGAACACUCCGGGAUGCCGAAAAGGCCGUCGAUGCUUACCAUAACCGUCAACUCGACGGACAGCCAAUGAAUUGCUUGUUGGUACAUUCGCGCUCCUCCGUCAAACUGACGGCACCGGCCAUCAAAUAUGGUGACCAACCAACCAACCAGCAAUCAAUUAUGAGGUGGUUUGAAUAUAAACAGCAGAGAUACAUAGGCGAUGGUAGAAAAGUUUAAAAGGAAAAAAACCUAAAUGAGUUCGCAUGCUGUUAAUCAGCAUUAGAAGUUUUACAGUGCAAACAAUAUUGAAACCCGAACCAUGGGGCAUGAUUAUGAUCGGCGCAGAAACAGAAAAAAGUCGAAGUAGGACGCAACUCAUUUGCAAGAAUUUAUCAAGUGAAAAACACUUUGUAAUGCAGUAUGUAAAACAUUGUCAAACUCAAAGGCAUAGCAUGCAGUAAUAUAAAAACAAUAAAUAUUGA